AUGCCCAACAAACCUCGUGCGGUUGACGGUGUUGACCUUCAUUGGCUUGACGGAAAAGCGCCGUCAACGACAGCUAAUCCCAGUACUUGGGGGGUUCCUUGGGCUAAAGGCGAAAUUGACAAGUCAACCGCGCUCGCACUCACUACGAGUGAUGGAAAAAGUGUUCCAGUACAAAGUUGGCCACUUGCCUACUGGCCGGACGGAUCGUUAAAGUGGACUGGCCAUGCUGUAGCUGCAGAAACGACACUCCCCGACACGCUCCAUCUUGCUCCUGGUUCACCUUCAGAACCAGCAAGCCCUAUCACUGUGAAGCAGGGUGGGGGCACUAUUACAGUUACUACCGGGGAUUUCGAAGGCCAACCUGACGAACCCGAAGCCAACGAUCCUGCCAACAUUCAUACUACGACCGCAAAUGUAACUGCAGCGACAGUUGAAAGUGACGGCCCAGUCCGAGCAACAAUCAAGGUGACCGGAACAUACAAGGGCGACGGUCAUGGAGAAUGGCUUCCGUUUACUAUCAGGCUCUACUUCAGCGCUGGAUCGACAGCCAUCAAAAUUCAACACUUGUUCCUAUUUGAUGGAGACCAGUCCAAGGACUUUAUCAAAGGCAUUGGCGUAAAAUUCGACGUGCCCCUCUCUGACGAGCUAUAUGAUCGCCACAUUCGAUUCACUUCCGCUUCUGGGGGAUUGUGGGGUGAAGCUGUUAGGGUCUUGUCAGGACUUCGACGCGACGCAACUGCUGCGUUGCUUGCCCCCCAAUUCGAAGGAACUACCCUGCCCGCCAAGGAUUCAGGAUCGUGGCCAGCAACUAUUACAGCUGGAAUUGAUACUCUGCCUACUUGGAACGACUACACAUUAGUUCAAUUGAGUGCUGACCAUUUCGACAUCUGGAAAAGGACAAGCAACAAGAGCAGCUGGAUUAAACACGCUGGACAUGGUACUCGUGCAAAUGGAACUGGAUACAUUGGAGGAGCUAAGGGGGGCGGAGUUUUGUUUGGACUACACAACUUUUGGCAACAACAUCCUCGCCAACUGGAUAUCCGAAACGCAGCUGGAAGUACCGCGAAUGUUACAGUAUGGGCGUAUUCUCCAGAGGCUCCUGCUAUGGACCUUCGUCACUAUGAUACAGUAGCCCACGGUUUGGACCUGGCAUACGAAGAUGUCGAGCUGGUUACUUCUAACCCUGCAGGAAUUGCUCGCUCAUAUGAGCUCACCCUUAAAGCAGUCGCAUCUACCCCCGCACGUCAAGCAAUUGCUGACUUUGCUGCCGUGGUAGCUACUCCACCUCAACUCGUCGCUAGCCCAGAGUUUUACCAGAGCCACAAGCUGUUCGGAGGUCGAUGGAAUAUACCCAAUAAAUCUCGGUCAGGUGCAGCCAAGAUUGAAAAUGAGAAGAGCCAACUGUUAGAUUUCUAUGUUGCCGAAAUUGAGCAGCGGCAGUUCUAUGGCUUCUGGAAUUAUGGCGAUGUAAUGCAUACGUACGACGACACAAGGCAUACGUGGAGAUACGACGUUGGUGGUUACGCAUGGGAUAAUGCCGAGCUCGGUACCGAUCUAUGGUUAUGGAUGUCGUUCUUGCGAACCGGGCGAGCGGAUGUGUUCCGCAUCGCGCAUGCUAUGACAAGGCAUCUUUCGGAGGCAAGUGGAUUUCCAUCACAUCGCGUUAUUAAAGAAAGGGUUCUUGUAGGGUCCAUUCGCAGUGCAGGUCUCGGUAGCCGUCAUAAUGUUAGCCACUGGGGUGAUGGUGCCAAGGAAGCACGUGUCAGCUCAUCCACCUUGAAGAGGCCGUUCUACUACUUGACGGCGGAUGAGCAGAUAGGCGAUUUGAUGCGUUAUUCCCUUCAAGCGGACAAGACAUUGAUUGAGUGGGAGCCGCUCCGUAAAAGUAAGCCUUUCAUAUCAUACCUCGAAUUCAAUCAAUUGAUCAGUGCCUGUAUUCAAGUUCUACCGAAACCUACAGCGCCUACUCGGGUUCGUAUUGGGCCUGAUUGGACCGCCCUUGCUGGGAAUUGGUUUACCGAGUGGGAGAGGACAAAUGAUACCAAGUGGAGAGACCGCAUUGUUACCGGAAUGACCGAUAUCGGAGCUAUGAAAUACGGCCUGUUUACGGGAUAUACUUCAGCUGUUGGUUUCGACCCAGACACCGGACAUCUUACUGACGAAGGCGGCCAGUUUCAAGCAUCUUACCACUUGACAAUGUUGUUUGGAGGGGGUGAAUUUUUGAUGGAACUCGUCGACACGGUUAGUGUGCCGUCUUUCGAUAGCGCCUGGCUGGAUUUUGCGAAAUAUUAUAAUGCUACGUCUGCCGAGAAAACCGCAAAAUAUGGUCAAAACUUCAACUCUGGAGGUUUUGGAUAUUUGUACGCCAAACUCCAGGCCUAUGCCGGAGAACGACUCAACGAUAACAACCUCAAGCAACUAGCUUGGAAUCAAGUCACCGGAUCCACCACCGGUUAUUUCUCUAGCCCCAAAGAAGUCGGAGGGGUUAAUGUUGUCGAGCCUAUCAAAGAGAUUACUUCUCUUGCGACGAACGAUGCGGCUUCUUUUUCUCUGGCUCAAUAUGCCGUUCUCGCUAUUGCACCGGAACUAGCACCCAACUCGCUCGUAGAAUCGCGUUCUGCCCAAUACACACUUUCGUUACGAUCGGUAUCGACUGUAGUUGGGACCGAUUACGGUGAAAAAGCGGCAAUUUCGUCUGGUACCAGGCAGUCACUUGGAACUCCCAGACCAAAACCCAGUAUCUUCAAACGUUUCUUGCGGCUGUUGAGAUUGAGUAAGUGA